CGUGACUGACUCUAUCUACAACUACCUGUAUUGUUAGUGGUCCAUUGCUACGGCUAAGCUGUCAUUGAAUUGGUUAGUGCAUUCAACUGCAUCAUCAAGUAGUGAAAUGUUUCUCCUCUGUUUUCAAAUGGACAGUAAUUGUCUGAAUUAAUCGUGUAUUUUCCGCACUUACUGCUAUCAGAGUGACAAAAUCGACAAAAUCGUUGUUGUGUGUUUUGUAUUCUGACGGUCUCAAGUUUCUAGUUUCGGAAUAGAAAACCGGAUUUUGUUUUUUUUUUCCUUGAAGUUAUAAACUGCCUGUAAAGUGUGGAUUUAAGUGCAAGAUUGAAGUUCUAGGUCUGCAUUUGACACUAAGUCGUAGGUUUAAGUGCCGAAGGAUUUUUUUCUCCAAUACUAUGAUUGGAAAUCCACGCUGCGAUACAGAAAAGAACAUUGUUUUCAAUCCCGAGUUUGAGUUAGACUGUGCAUCUAAAGUAUAAUAAAAUUCUAGAAACUUUUUACACCUAUAUGUGACUGUUAAAAAUUAAAUAAAAAUUUAAACGGUCAUUUACUGCAGCGUGAUAAUGUGAUGUUUUUUUAAAAGGAUUAACAGUUAUAUGUCAACAGGUUUUUUAUAUGAUAAUAUUUUCUGCCAUAAAAAUCAUUGCUUACAUAAGAAUAUUCCAUGGAAACAGUUUCAUAGAAUAAUCGUUUUAGUAUUAUUUGAUAGCAUUCUCAGAUUAGAAGUAAUUCACUGGAGUUUUGGAUAACUUUUGAUUGGAUUUUUAUCACAUAGAAUAUUUCAAUCUUGCAUGGGAUUGCAUGACAAGCUAGGAGAUAGGGAGAAUUUUAUUCCUGGAUUUUAGAGACAACAAGAGGCAAAGAAACAUUGCAGACAACAAAUGCUGAACAAGAUGAAUAUUUGCUUGAUAGAAUAUUUAUAGAAACCGUUUACAAAAGGAAAAAUACAAUGAUUUGAUGCUGUUAAAAAAACUUCAAUGAUGGCUGUCUGCAGAUUUGUAUUGGUUCUUCUUUUUGGGGCAAUAAAUUUGAUAAAUGGGCAGGAGUACAAAAUAACUUUCGCACAAAAUGAAGAGUUACCAAAAUGGACAUUUGUCGGGAACGUGUCUGACGCUCCUGGAUUUUUAAACUCUAUCCCAGCGGCAGAUCGAGGAAGUUUAUUGUUUCAUUUUUUGGAGCAGACGAUGAUAAAUUCUAUAUUAAGCAUCCAUGAUGAGACUGGUUCCCUUUUCACAACUGUUGUUGUAGACCGGGAAUCACUCCCAGAAUGCCAAGUAUCAGAAAAAUGCGAACUCUUAUUUGAUAUUGCUGCAACUUCAAAACGUAAAGACAGUUCACUAUUUGAGAUUAUUUCAGUUAAAGUUGUAAUUAAUGAUUUAAAUGAUAAUUCCCCGACAUUUCCUCGUGACACUCAAGCUAUUGCUAUUUCAGAAGCAGCGGCUAAUGGUUCAUCUUAUAUUAUCGAAAAUGCAAUUGAUAAUGACACAGGUGCAAAUAAUUCUAUACAGUAUUACGAACUUGUUGGAGACAAAAAUGUUUUCGAUUUGCGUGUUGAACGUAAACUUGACGAGAGUUUCUCAGUAAAACUUGUUGUUAUCGGUAGAUUAGAUAGAGAAAAGAAAGAUUCUUAUACAUGUACCGUAAUUGCUAAAGAUGGAGGUAAUCCUCAAAGAGUUGGUACGAUGGAAUUAAAUAUUACAAUUACAGACGAAAAUGACAAUGCUCCGUUCUUUGCUCAAACUUCCUAUAACAUAACAGUAAAGGAGGAUACUCAAGACGGUGCAGGUAUCCUUCAGAUCAGCGCCACUGACAAUGAUAUAAAUGAAAAUAGUUGGUUACUUUACCGUCUUAGUUCACGCCAGUCAGAUAUCGAAGAAAUUAAAUCUCUCUUUUACAUUAAUGAACACACUGGCGUUCUAAGUAUAAUUGGUCAAUUAGUGUAUGACCCAAACAAAGUUUAUAAAAUUAUUGUUGAAGCCAUAGAUAGAGGCAAACCACCGUUACCGUCCACCAAUCAGGCAGAAGUCACCGUUUAUAUCGAGGAUACGGGAAACAAUCCACCAACUGUACAAAUUAACCUUAUAUCUAGCGGCACUGGACGUAUGGUUAACGUAUCUGAAUUCUCCACAAAAGGAACUUUUGUUGCCCAUGUUGAAGUGAAAGAUAAAGACACCGGACAAAAUGGCGAUGUUAGUUGUUCCGUUGAUGAUGCCUCAUUCGCUCUUGAACCAUUAUCAAUUAAAGGUUAUAAAGUCGUUGUUGCUAAAACAUUGGAUAGUGAAAAACAAGAUCUACAUACUGUUGUUGUCACAUGUGAAGACAAAGGUAGUCCUGUUCUUAGUUCUUCCGAUAGUUUUCUUGUGCGUGUAACUGACGAAAAUGAUAUGGUACCAAAGUUUACAAAGAAAAAUUAUUUUGAAGAUUUCUAUGAAAACAAUGAGAGAGGGGAUUUAGUAAUUUCUGUCAGAGCAACAGAUGAUGACAAAAGUAAUACAAAUAAUUCUAAAAUUGAAUAUUAUUUAGACUCGUCAGUGAAGGACUAUUUCGCAAUUGAUGCCAGCACAGGGACUAUAAGGGCUCUCACCCGUUUUGACAGAGAAGAAAAAAGCGUCUGGACAUUUAAAGUUUUCGCCAGAGAUUUUGGAAAUCCACCUUUAACUGGAAAUGCCACGGUUAAUAUAAGAAUUAAAGAUGAAAAUGACAAUGCGCCAAAGUUUACAAAUACAACUUUUGUUUUUUAUGUUCAGGAAAAUCUUCCAUCAGAUAGUGUAGCCGAUAGGUUGACAGCGAAGGAUUACGACGCUGAUGAAAACGGAAUGUUUACAUACGCGAUCUCAGAUACAAAAGAAACAAAACUUCCAUUUUUGCUCUUCCCUGAUGGAGUUAUAAAAACUACAAUGGAAUUAGAUAGAGAAGCUAAAAGUUCAUAUGAAUUUUCUGUUAUUGCUAUAGAUAAAGGAAUUCCAAAAAGAACAAGUAGUGCUAAAGUAAUUAUAAAAGUUUCUGACGUUAACGAUGAAUCUCCGAAAAUUGUCUUCCCUAAAAAAGACGUCAAUGACACUAUUGUUAUUGACCAUUUAAAACCAAGCGGAACUUUUAUAACACAAAUAGAAGCUUACGAUCUUGAUGAAGGAAUUAAUAGUAAACUGUCGUAUGUGAUUGAAGAUGGAAACGUAGAUAGAUUAUUUUUGUUAAAUCUGAAAUCUGGAAUUCUUUCGAUGGCCCAGCCAUAUGAAGUAGAAGAAAACACUGAGGAGAAUUUCAGAUUGGUGAUAGCCGUGCACGAUGGCGGAAUACCGCAAAGGUCCGAAAGAUGUGAAUUAAAUAUUUUAAUUAGAUACAGUAACGUGACUAUCAGUGUAACAACACCGGUUAGUUCCGGUCCAAACACAAAUAUCAUUAUAGUAGUUGUGGUUAUUUUCUUAACGUUUUUUUUAUCGUUGGCAAUUAUAAUCGUGAUCUGUGUCAUAAGAAAGUUUGAUAGAGAUAGAAUGAAAACUCAGAAUAUUCAAAUAAACAAGCUUCCCAAUAACAUGACUGAGAUUCGAGACAAUACGGCCAAUGGUGUGAUCAUGACACGCCCAUAUGAUAAAGUCGACUCUUUGAAAAAGAGGAAAGAAGUUAGUUUUUCAUUUGAAGAUGAUUUAGACGGCAUGCAAGAUCAUGAAAUGAGUUUUUCCAACAAUUCCGUGUUCAAUGAGCCAGUCACUGAGGUACCAUACCAUGAACGACAGACCAGCCAGCAGAUGAAGACUUUUCAGCUACAACAAGCCUUACUCAACUCUCAGACUAAACCUUCAGUACAGGCAAACGGUCAUAACAACAAAAUGGGCAUACCAAAUGAGAAGGAUACAAACAGUGACACAUCACGGGAAACAGUGACCAGUGACAGUGGACGUGGAGGCAGUGAUGAUGAUCUCCCUUUGUCACAUAAUUCUAGUAAAGAUGAAAAAGACCCUCAUCUUCCAAGCAGUGGUGAAAAAUCAGAGUUUAUAAAAUUUUCACAGCCAAAAAAACAUUAUCAUAGUAACUAUGUGCCCUCGGAUUCAGGGACACAAAACUAUCCACUCACUAAUCUACAAAACUGUUCACUACCACCACAUAGAAAUUCUAGACCUCAAUCCACAGAUCUCACUGAAAGAAUUCCAAAUAAUAAAUUUCCGAUGGAGAGAUCUUUAUCGAACUUGGUAGAAGGUGAAAAACCAAAGUUUACAGUGAGAAAACCCUAUAUUGACAGAGAAAAAAGGGAUAAAAAAUCUGAAAGCUGGGUACCAUCAUAUGUUUAAAUUUGGGUACCUUCUGACUUAUAACUGAGAAGAGGGUAUUUCAAUUACAUCAGUGCCAUAAUUGACCAAAUAGAUGAAAUUAAAUUACUUUUGGUAACCAUACAAAUAUAGGUAUUUUGUUAUGCAAAUAUCUGUAUUGGCUUCACCCAGAGACAAAAAGUGAUUGGUACCCAAUCACAAAUACUAGUAAUGACUUGGUUGACUGGGUACAACAGGAUUUUGUUUUCGAAUGAACCAGGCAAAAAAUAAUGUGUUUCCCAAAAGACAGUGCUAGACAUUGUGCCGAACCUGGUACAUUUUACUGAUAGCUUGGUUAUAAAUAAGACCAAGGUGAUGUGAAUCUACUCUCUGUUAAAAAUUGAACUUGAACUUAUUAGAGAAAAGGUGCUGAAAUGGAAGAAAAAAAACUCAUGUGAAUUCCAUGCAAGUUUGUGUAGAAUUGCUAUCUGAUGGAGUCAUGGUUGUGAAGAAGUUGUACAGUGUAUGCUGAUAUUUCGAACAAUUAAAAUGACUUGUGUUGCUUGUUUUAGUGCUGCCAGUUUAUGUAAAUGUUAAUCAAAAAUGA